AUGGCGAAGAGGACACAGAAGCUGAUGAAUGCUGAAGAGGCUUUGGAAUUACUUAUGCAGAAUUCCAAGCCUUGGGAUUCAGAAGGAGAAGAUAUAGAUGAAGAAGUCAUAGACAAAGAAGACCUAGACGCUCAACCGGAUUCGGACUCUGAGCUCUCUUCAGAUGAGGAGACUCUCCCGCUACCAAAAAAGAGAGCUCGUUCGGGGAGUGAGCCGACAGAGACCACGAAGGAUGGUACAGUGUGGCGGCAGGAACAAGUGGGGACACAUCUCCAUUUCACUCCAAUUGAGCCGUACGCCAAAGAUGGAGAGCCAAGCGCUAAGGCCAGUCGAAGCAUCCGGAGUCGCCUUCAGAGCUUCCUCUGUUUUAUUACUCUGGAGAUGCUUCGUACCAUUCAACAGUGGACCACCCAACAUGCAAGUCAGGAGCAACAGGAUUGCUGGUCAGCAAACCUGGGAAACCCAAUGAUCAUUUCAACUAUGGCCCGAAACCGCUUCCAAAACAUCAUGCAACACCUACGCUUUGAUGACAUGUUUACACGCCGUGAGCGAGCGGAGACCAACAGAUUCGCUGCAAUCUCUGAUCUUUGGGAAUCAUUUGCCGCUAACUGCAUCUCAUCCUACAGCCCUGGUCGACACAUCACUGUUGAUGAACAGCUUUUCCCCACUAAAACCCGCUGCUGUUUCCUUCAAUACAUAGCAACAAAACCGGACAAGUUUGGCAUCAAGUUUUGGGUGGCUUGCGACUUGAAAUCAAAGUACAUCUGCAAUGUCUUCCCAUAUCUUGGCAAGGACCCCAGUCGUCCCAGCGGGGAGAGACUGUCCGAGACUGUAGUGAUGAGGCUGAUGGAACCGUUCAUGGACAAGGGCAGAACUGUAACCACGGACAAUUUCUUCACAUCACUGUCACUUGCGCAACGACUGCGUAGCCGGAAAACCACCAUCCUCGGCACAGUCAACAAGUGUCGCAGGGAAAUUCCACAAUCCACUAAACGUAAGGAUCGCACUGAAUUCACCACUCAGGUGUUUUCAACCUCUGAUGCCACGCUGACUGUGUAUGUGCCCAAAAGGAAGAAGGUCGUUUACAUUCUCAGCAGCAUGCACAGCGUGGUUGAGACUGAGGAUACCACCAGAAGAAAGCCAAACACCAUCAAACAAUAUAACAAAGCAAAGUGCGGUGUAGAUGUGAUGGACAAAAUGGUGCGGGAGUACAGCGUGCGUGCAGGAACACAGAGGUGGCCAGUUGCCGUGUUCUACAACAUGAUUGACAUGGCAGCACUGAAUGCGCAUGUGCUGUAUCAGGCAUGCACUGGGGUGCAGGAGAGACGGGUGGACUUCCUGGUGGAGCUCGCAAAAGAGUUGGCUAACUCUCAUAUGAGUGAGAAGAAGGCGUGCAAGGAGCAACUGCUUUGCCAACAACCUGCCACACCCAGCCCAGGCAAAAGGGCGAAGUGCCAAAUCAACCGUCGAUGCAUUAAAAAUAGUACAAAUAGGAGAUGCGUUGACUGCUUCAAAUACGCAUGUGGCAAAUGCAGCAAGCCCAUGAACUGGCAGUGCCAGAUGUGUGCCGACAGUGCAGACAGUGCACAGAAUGAGGGCUGA